AUGGAACGACGUUGUAUGUGCUUUUUUCUAUGCAUUUUUGAUGUGUUUCAAUUGGCUCUUUUUUUCAGUUACCCCAUUAUCGAUGAGACCUUCGCCAUCAAGAAGGGACACGGAAAAAGAUGCACUUGAAUUCGAGUACUUGGAAGUGUGCAAAAAAUCCGGCGUGCUUAAUAUUAAUGGUUUGUUUUAUAUUUUAUUAGAAAGGGGGAAUGAGGUGGAACAUAUCAAAAUUGCAAAAGAAAAUCUGCAGGUGAAAAUGAGAUUACGAUAGGAGAAGGUUCAUUGAAACAAUUUCCAAAAAGUAAUAUCAGUUGAUGUCUUAAUGAAAAAAAGUUUGGGUACAUGGCGAAUUUCUAGAUUUUUAUCAAACACAAGAUUUUUCUACAUGUUUUAUUUCAGAAAAUCUCCUCUAUUCUGGGUUCACACCUGGCGAGAUAGUGUCCCAACAUUUUUGUGCAGCGUGGAAUUUUUUUCAGAAAAAAAUUAUGCAGCGUGAAAUUUUGAAUUUUUUGAAAAUUAUCAUUAAAAUCUAAUGAAAAUCAAUGAAAACUACACUUUUUCGUGAACAAAUGUACAGUUGGGCUUUUGAAAAUUUUUGUACAGUGUCCCUUUUGGACACGUCUCGUCAGGUGUGUCUGGGUUGGAGUUUCUUAAAAUCUUUAGGGUUUUUCAUUUACAUAUGCUCACACUUUUUUAACAUUAUCAUUUUUGUUGUUCAAAAAAAUAACUAAAUUUGCUAUUUGAAAACCUUGAUUUUUCCUCGAAAAAUUACAUGCUCCAAACCCAUUCAAUUCAAAUUCUUAUUCAAAAAUGUGCAACUAAAAAUUUUACGAUUCCUGCUAUUGAAAUUUUGUGGAAGUAGUUAUCUCACAAGGUGGUUUCAAUAAUAUUCAAAACUCAAUAUUACUCACAAUAAAAAAUUUUGAAAUCCAGUAUAAUAAUCCAACAGAUUAGAUAGAAAAAAGUUAAGCCUAACAGAUUAGGUAAAUUCUACCGUAAUCUUUUCAAUUUUAAACGAAAUCUUUCCAGGCUUCCGACAGGUAAUCGAUCCAGAAGAAAUAAAUAUAAUGGAUGUUUUGGGAAGUGGAUCUUGUGGUGUUGUGGAAAGUGCUACCAUUCGAUCAACCACAAUGGCUGUCAAGGUAAUUUUUUAUUAUUUAAAAUUACGAUACUAAUUAAAAUGUGUUUAGACAAUGUACAAAAAUAACAAUAAAGACACAUUGAAACGAAUUCUUCGAGAUGUUAGGAUUAUGGAUUUAUGUGAUUCGCCUUUCAUUGUUUCUAGUUACGGAUAUUUUUAUGUUUGAUGUAAGUUCUUGGUUUAUUUAAAUCGAUUUCAAGAAAACAUUUCAGUCAUCGGUAAAAAUAUGUAUGGAAAUAAUGACUACUUGCUGUGAUAAACUACUCCGUCGAUUAUACCACUCAAAACUUGAUUUCUUCCCGGAAUUUGUUGCUGGAAGAAUUGUGCAUUCAGCAAUCAGCGCGCUGGAAUAUUUGAAAGAAGAACAUGUGAGUUUUCCGAAAAAAUAUUCUUUUCAUGAAAUUAAAUUUUAUAGUCAAUAAUUCAUCGAGAUGUGAAGCCAUCCAACAUUUUGUUCGACGAAAAUGGAAACGUGAAAUUGUGUGAUUUUGGGAUUAGUGGAUUUUUGAUCAAUUCGAUGGCACAUUCGAAUAAUGCGGGAUGCCCACCAUAUAUGGCACCAGAGAGAUUGACAAUUGAGGUUAGGGAUCUGAAACUAUGAAUAUAAAAUUUGAAUGCUUUGAAAUAUAUUUUUUGUUCCAGACAAAUUCGACAUAUGAUAUCAGAAGUGACGUAUGGUCCCUAGGCAUCACAAUAUUUCAAUUGGUCACCGGGAAAUACCCAUUCCCCCUGAAUGAUAUGGAGUUUUACACCUUGACAACGAUUGCAGAUCUCAAUCUACCUUCACCAUCGCUCAGUGAUAAUGUGAGUCUUGAAAAAUAUAUUUGUGAUAAUUCACGAAAAUUUUCAUCAUCACUAGGAAAUUUGAUAGACAAUUUACCUUUACUGAAAGUCUCAAAAAUGUGUUUAUUUUUUUCAUUUUUGCGAAAAGGAGAAACAGUAUUUGAUAAAUACUUUUUGGGUUAACAAAAGUUAUAAAAACAAUUUUCAGCCCUCCAACUCAUACACCCACGAAUUCAUAAACUUUAUCGAUCUUUGUCUGAUGAAAAAUGUUAAAGAUCGACCAAAUUAUGACAUCCUCAUGCAACAUGAUUUCUUCCUAGAUUAUGAUCCGCAAAUGAGUCAGCGAUAUAAAAUCAGAAAGGUUUGUGGAAAAUCACAUGUUCAAAAAUUUACAUUUGUAUCAAUAAUUAUAUGUAAACAUUUAUUUUCUUAUCAGUUGACCACUUUGAUCGAAAAAAAAAAUUUUUUUGAUUUUUUUCUGGUUUAGAACCGAACUUUUUGAGUUAUAGAGUUCGAAGUUCAAAAUUCAUUGUCAGAAUUUAUUGAUUGGGGAAUGAAAGUUUUCCGCGGUAAUUAAACUUUAAAAAGGUUCAGGAAUCAGAAUUUCAAAAUUAAAAAAAAUGGUACCAUAUCCUCCAGAAUCAUAUUAUCCAACAUUGUCUUAUUGCAGAAAUUCUCUGAAAAAAUUUUGAAUCUCGAAAAAUCUAAAUUUUUGCAGAUCAAUGACACCACUGAUGAAAUAGAAGAAUGGUUCAGUAACGCCAUAUUAAACUCCAAAAAAGACGAUGAAAAUUGUCCAAUUCCUAAUACACCGUGCGUUAAUUAA